GACUACAUGAAAUAUUCGCUGGCUUGUAUACAAUGCGAGGAUGGCUAUUGUCCGCUGGAUCCGGACGACAAAGAACCAGACUUAAAGUGUACCGUUUGCGGCGCUGCUUUUACCGGUGACCUCAACAAAGCACGAGUGUUCUUAAAUCUUUUCAACGAAUACCGGACACCAAAGAUAUUUAUAGCAAAGUGGCUAUUACGUUUAUCGGAUAAAGUGAGAGGUUGA